AUGAUUCGAAAAAUCAGUAAUCGCCUGUACCGGAUUGGAUUGGUAAGAAGAAAUUCGGGGAGAAAUGAUGAUUUUAUUCAAAAAUUGUCAAAAAAGUUGCAAUUUUAUGCAAAUUCUCUUUUGGUUUAUGUUAACUAAUGCAGAUUAUGACAUCAAGUUUCAUAUUUCAGACAAUAAAGUCUUUGGAUUUGCAAAAAUCCUCAAAAAAUUUAAGAAAAUGCCAAAGCAGCUGAUAGAUGUUAUGUACAAUACAAAAAGACCAAAUUCCUUUGGUUAUCGAAUAAUUUGUAGCCUCUAAACUGACUUUAUUGAAUUUUCAGGGCGAUGAUUUGACCUCAACGUCAAAUGAAAAGGAAUUGGCACCGAAACUUUCGCUCCCUGCCACUUUGAAUAAUGGCCCUCAGAACGGACAAAGCAGUGCGCAGCCAACCAGUCUGCACGAUGUGUCAAAGACUGAAGUUGAUUCUCGUAAGUUGGAAAGCCGUUUUAUUGGGUUGUUGCGAAAACCCAUGAUUUUUGGGGUUUGUUGGGCCGUUAUGUUAUACUUGAUAUCAAAGUAAUGUAAACGUCAAAAACGAGCGGGCUUGAUGUCUAUUAUAGGCUUUAGGGACAAGCAUAUGACAUUGUUGACGCUUCUGUGACACUGCGCUGCUCUUUUUGGCCGUUUUAUUAUCUCUCUUUGACUAUACAAGGCGUGUGCGAGGAGACCUCAUGGAUAACAUAAUUUUGAGCUCCACAAGUCCCAUACUUUUCUUACAGUGUUAAGGUUGGGCUUGGGUUGUAUUUUAGACCUCACCCAACUCAUCUUUAACAAUUCCGAUUACUCCAAGUGCUUUUAGACACCUAAAACACAAUGCCAAAUUUUGGCGGGAAUUCGAAUUUUCAAACUGCAACUACUGUCUGAUUAUAAACUUCAUUCCAUUUUUUUCAUCCAAAAACAAUAUUCAAAAGUGGUUUGAGCGAUUAUUCCGUUUGUUGGUUCAAAAAAAUAUAUUCUCCUUCUCUUGCAAAUGGCGUCAUAUAUUAUACUCCCUUCGCAGGCCUGGGAAACGGGCGAGAAAUUACGCUAUAAUCGAAUUUCAGACCAAGAGAUGAUUCUCACCGUUAUUUUGGGUGUGCCAGUAAUUUUGGAGUAACUUUUCUUUAUCUUGUUACCAAAUUUUAGCAAUUUUUGGUCUCUCUGGAGAUAAAAAAAGGUCGUCAACGAGUUAUUUACGAUAUUUACAAUGCGAGUUUGGCGUGGAGGAGGGAGAGAGUGUUAGCGAAGGUUUUAAGGGGAUUUUGGGAUUAAUAGCCUUAUUUUUUAGAAGGUGUAAGAGGUUUAAAGUGAUGAGAGUAGGGCAAAAAAUUCGACAUUAUUUUGGGGAAUUUGUUUGCUUGGAUUUUGACGACACUUGAGCCGAAAUUUAGAGCAUAAUUUUCGAAGGCCCAUAAAACAUUUUUUGCUCGCGCUUUUGGGCUACGGAACGCCAAAGGGCGCGAUUUUUAUGGAGAAAAGUUUCAUGCCUAUUUCUACCGUAAAGGGUAACGUUUCAACAAAAAACAAAAUUUUCCCGCAGGAAACUGCCAAAGUUAUGGCCAAAAAAGCAAAAAUCGUUCUUCUCUCGACCGCUCUCCACGUUUAGCGUGCUCUCUCGGCGGCAAAAACCGUUCGAUAUCUCAGCGACGCCCGCAGAGCGCGAGCUAAAACUUUCAGUAAUUGAUAUUUAGUCUACCCGACGUGUGUGCAAAAUUUAAAGGAAAUCUGAGCGUCGCACUUGGAGUACUUCCCUCGUUAGCUGCGUGAAUUGUUUUCCGCCCCUAUUUUGCCUUUAAUCCCCUUCUUGUUGACGCUGUUUCCACCAUAUUUCUCAUUGUAUAAUAUUCUCUCUAUUAUGCAAUCAAUUGAGUUUCCGUUGAACUGGAAAAAUCAUCGUUGUCGUCGCAGGUACCCUUUUUAUUCAAUCGGAAUCCCUCUUCCAAAAAAAAAAAUUAAGCCAAUUUUUGGGCGGAAAAAGGAAAUCCAAAUUGGCCCCAAUUCAAAGGAAAAAAGAGAAAAAAACAGGAAUUCACGGGAUCCGAAGGUUCAUUCAUAGGUGUUGAGGGCUCUUUUUGUCGUACUUUUAAUUGGAGUAUAUAGUGCUUGUAGGUAAAGGAGGUUGGCAAGAAUUGUUUGGACAUGGGCGGGAAGACGAGUUUUUGGGAAAUUUUAUUUCGGAGAUGUGAUGGUAGGAGCCUCUAGACUUGUGUACAGAAUAACCGUGGCCUGUAGAUUAUGUUUUGCCUGUGCUUGACAUUAUACGGGGAUUAGACAUUCAGGGUAGCAUUAACUAUAUUAUUCUUGACUCAAGUUACAUUUUCUUUUAUAAAUUUGUGAGUUUAACACUUUUUAUGUUGAUUUUGAUACUCCUAGAUGCUUAAGGGUCUAUUUUAGGUCCUAGAUGUUGUUUAAUUUUUUGACAUACACUUGUACACUAGCCAUGACCAAAAAUAUGCAAAAUGCUUUUUUAUGCUAAUCAUCAUUUUGAUGACAUUUCCUGUCAAUUUUGUCUGUGACAGCUCCAAUAUCCCUCCUUAAAGUGCAUCUUCUACCCACCAUAGAUCUUCCAACACCCGCUUCCAAUACUUAACUUUCAAAAAAUUUUAUAUUAUUCAUGUACAACACCUCUUAGGCCACAAAAAUCCCAAGAAUCAUAAUAAAUCCGCGCUGAACCCUCAUUACAGCUUUCUGCUAGCUUCAUUACACUCGUUCAAGUUGAUGCUUAAUCUUCUUUGCGUGACGGAAAAUGCAGUUUGCAAAGAUGACUUGUUUUCGAGUUCAAAAUAGUUGUUUUCGAAGUUCAUUGGAUUUGAUGUCAUUUGUAGAGGGAAAUCUGUGGGCUUAACGCUGGAAAUCGGGUUUACAUCGGAGUUCAUCUUUCACAUGAAAAACAACUUUUAUUUUUUUAUUUUCAAUAUAAACAAAUAUUUGUUUACCUUUUUCGCUAUGUUCAGAGCUCUGUAAAUACCGCUUUAUAUACUGUCGUUUUGAUCUCACAUUAAUCUUUACUUCUUCACAACUUUGAACUCUUUGUCAAGUAUGUUUCAGCCGCAAAAAAUUGGAAUUCAAUUUAGAUUGCUCAUCAAAUUGGCUGUGAGAAUAUGCUUGAGUCAUCGGAAAUUAUUUUAGACUCUUCUUUUGAAGUUUUUCAACUUUUUGAGUUUUGUGGUUUAUGUAAUUUCGGAAACCGAGAAAAACUGUAUACCAGGUUUUGUAGGAAAGCUUUCUUGUUUAUUCAUACGUAUUGCGAGAUUUUACAGACACCCAUCACAAGGGGUGUCUGUAAAAACCUACUCUAUAGACCCUUCUCGUCCUUGUUUUGCUUACAACGUUGUGCUCAGCGUCCUCAAUUUCGCUUGAUUAGUCGGCGUUCCGUAACCCGCAAGCGAAUCCGGCCGUCUCUUUUGUUUAUUCGUGAGGGCUUCUGCGUCAAGCUGUCAUCUUAAAUUUAAGCCAAUUCAGCGGGUUUCCCGCCUUCUCCUUUAGGUAGUGGGGGGAUUCGGAUGGCCAAAAGAAAUUUCGACUAAUUCCGAGGGGGCUUACAAAAACAUUGGGCGGUGCGUCGGCGAUGACGUCAAGGCGCGCUUUUGUGAUGUGUUGAGGUGAAUGAAGGUCUCGCGGAAGGAAUGCUGAUACUAUCUCGGAACUUUGGAGGGGUUUACAGUAAAUUUUAAGACAAGAGAGCCAGUUGUUUCCUUGGUUUAGGCUUUUAAUCAAUCAUUUUUUGCCUUUUUUUUGUUAUAGCUCUUGUUUCUGCUCUUGCAAGGUAAAUUAAACAAAUUUGUAGAAUAAAAAAAAAAACGAUUCUAAAUUAGCCUGGUAGUGAAGAAAGUAGAGUGUAAUUAUUCUAUUUAUGUCUUUAUUGUGAGGUUUCGGCAUAAUUUAAAAAGCCAUUAUUACUUUUCCAAUUUUAGAAUGUUUCAUUUACCUUGAGAAAGUUCUCUUUCAUCACGGCAUUAAGAAAAUAGUUAAAAAAAACUUUCCAGUUUCGCUAUGUAAACGAUGACUUAAUUUCCAUUGACACUUCAAAGUUUUGGUUAAUUUUCCUGCAUUGCGUGACCCCUUGGCCCACCCGUCAGUGCCUACCAAGCCCUCAAGGCAGUCAGCCAUUUUCCGAUGCCUGCGAGUUCGGUAAAAACAGUUUAAACCGGGGGCGCCGCGAAACCCGGGAAGAUUGUUAAAGGAGUUAAAAUUCCCGCGGCCCUCGACGGCGUAUCGAUUGUGCCCUGAGGGCAGGGCGCUUUUUUCGCGAAAAAGCGAGCGAGAGAGCGUGCCGGAUGUUUGUGGGUAUCUCUGGCCAAAAUGAGUCGCGUUGCUAGCCGCAGGCACUUUUCCCCCUUCACUCCCAUUCUUACUCCGCCGUAUUUCCAUCCCGCUUUUUUUUUGUUCAUGGGCCGCGGCGGGCCCGCAGGUCCGGCAUCUGAAGACAUUCGGAAAUCUGAAUGCGAGACAGGGGGGAGGGAGGUUUUCCGGUGCUUUAAAAGACUUCAAAAGCGUUCCGAACGAACUUUUUUUUCAAAGUCCAGUGAAGAUGGAUCUGAAGGUAAUGUGGUGGUGAUAUAUGCUCCAGAUAAUAUAGCAAACUUCAUUGAGCGAUUUUUUAUGGCGCGGGGAUAAUUUUGCAAAGGUCCAGAGAAUUUCCCCCCGGGGUGUUAGCGAAGUCUAGCGUGCAAAGUCAGCGUUAAAAGAGGGCCGGAAAAGAUUAAAAAAGCGCGAAUUUGCAUUUGCAAGCGGUGAAAAACAACUCUGACUACGAAACUCAAUUAUUUCUGAUAUUUGGAGACGGAUUACUCUUUAAUCACCGGCAGUAAUAUACAGUUGUCGCCCUUUAUGUCUAUAGUUUUUGCCUUUAAAGUUAAGUGACCGUUUUUCGAGAACGUUCCGAUUUUUAAAUGAACGUCUUAAAAGACGUUUCAAAUUGCUGGCUAAUCGGGAAACCUCGUUGUGAGUAAUCUUUGGACUUUUACAAAUUACAGGGGAUUUACAAUUACUUCUUAAGAGUAACUCUCAUUAAGACGUUAAUCGUUGGUUGUGUUCCAAAGCGGGCCUAUUUUUGACGUGCUCACGCCUCCGCUUUUAUUUUUUGCAUCAGCAUUCAAUUGUCCAGGGAGUAAUCAUCCACAAAUAGUAAAUAUUGGCAGAUGCCGUUGUUAAAAAUGGGAUUUUAACUUUGUUCCAGGCAGGAGGGAAUUUGCAAAAAAAUGCUGGUAGUUUGCGUGGUGUAGAUGACUUUAAACAAACAUAUUAUAGCUUGUGUUUUGCGGAAAUCGUUGAGGUUUUUUGGCCAAAACUGAGUAUAAAAACGUAAUUUUUAAUUUGAAAAUUUGAGCUUCUAUUAGUGAUGAGGCCAAAAAUUGCGCCCAUUUCUUCAAACCGCAAGCUAAUAGUUUUGUAUGGCCAGAAAAUUGUCAUCUAAAUUUGGCUCAGCUCUCAUCAAAAUUCAAACAAAAAUUUCUCAAAUUCUUGUCGUACUUCUCCCCAUUCGCGCGUCACUUUAACCCGCUCACACCCUCUAAACCAAAGGGCCGUUAUCCUCAAAAUCUCCUUAAACUCUCCUCUAACGCUCUUUCUCGCCUCCACGACAAAACAGAGUUGUAAAUAUUGAAAAUAACUUGGCGAUGACUAUAUUUUCUCGAAAAUACUAAAAAUCCCCAGGAUAAGGUACGAAAAUCAAAAAGUUGCGUUAAUGGCUCUACCAUACCUUUUGUAAAAAAUGAGUGAUAACUUUGGGCGAUUAAUCUGCCACCAACAGGGAGUUCUGACUUCAAGAUUUUGAUAAAAUUUGCAUUCAAGUUACACGGGAAGUACCCCAAGUGCGACGCUCAGAGUUUCUUUAAAUUUUGCGCACACGUCGGGCAUAGACUUAAUAUCAAUUCCUGAAAGUUUUAGCUCGUGCUUUGCAGACACCGCCGAGAUAUUGAACGGUUUUUGCCGCCGAGAGAGCACGCUAAAUGUGGAGAGCCGCCAAAGAGAAAAACAUCUUUUGGCCGUAACUUCGCUAGUUUCGUGCGGCAAAACUGAUUUUUUGUGGAAACAUACCCUUUACUGUAGGAAAAAGUAUGAAACUUUUCGUGCCGAAGUUCGGCAAAAAUUGUCAAAUUUUCGCCGACUUUCGAUCUAAAAAUCUUGGUUGUUUAUGCAAAGCGCGAGCUAGAAUUUUCGCAUAUAUUUUCGAAAACAUUAUUAUAAAUUUGUGCCAAGUUUCAUCAAAAUCUGAGCGUCGCACUUGGGGUACUUCCUAUGUUAGUAAGCUCUUGUGUUACCACUAUUUCUUUGAUAUCGCGACAAAUAAGUCGCUCUAUUGAGAGCCGCUACCAACCGUAGACACUCCCUUCUCCUUGAAACAUACUUUCUUCCCGAUUCCCGUGCUUAUCUUCCCCUUCAAAAUCUCAUCCUUUUCCGCUCGCCUCACCCCAAAAAAAAAGAAAACGCGGGUCCAAAUUGGCCUUUGAGAACCCGCUGAAUUCUGGAGAUAUGUCCUCUCGCUUGUUUUUACCCCAAAAUCCAUAUUUUUGGCACCCAAACGAGAGCGAGAGAGCGAAAACAAAGUGCAUCGGCCGCUUUUUUGUUCCCUUUCGGUCCCCGCUUUUCUUUGUUUUACAUUUUAAUUCGUGGCCAUUUUCCGGUCUGACGAGCGAAUGUAAUCUGGUAAAUAUGGUUUACACGUUACGUAAGGGCAAACACAACGCUUUUAAAGGGCAGGCUCGUCGAAAGUUGGGCUUUGGACGUUGUUCUAGCUGAUUGUUGGUCGAUUUUGGUCGUUUUUCCGGAAUUUUUUCGGAUUCUUACUGGUUAAUUAGUUGAUUUGAACAUUUCAUGUUUCAAAACAGUAAUUUUGCAUUUUAAAUUUUUAGUAAAAUUUCCAAACUUGCCUAAACAAGACCUUAUUUCAGGCCGCAAAAAGAGUUGGCAGCAACCCAUGGAGAAAGUGCCAAUCGAAACGGGUAAAGAGACGCUGAUCGAGAUCGAGAAGGGCGGCCGUGGGCUUGGUCUGUCGCUGGUUGGCGGCUCGGACACCGUGCUCAGCUCCAUCGUCAUCCAUGAAGUGUAUCCGGAUGGGGCGGCCGCCUUUGAUGGACGACUUAAAACCGCCGAUCAGCUGUUGGAGGUGCGUUUUUUGAUGACGUUCUGUAGGGAAUGAAAGUUAGUUUUGAUUAAGAAAAUUUUCAAAAAAUUGUCCAUCAUGACAUAUUUUUAUAAAAAAACUUUGGUUUAAAAAUUAAAUUUAGGUCAUCUUUUUUUAUAUUGCCGUUUUGAAAAACGAUUUUUUUAAACUUUAAAUCCCUUUUUUUAAAUUGAAAAAAAACGUUUUGCAUUUUGAUUUUUCAUCAUGAACAAUGUUGAAUUUUGACCCCUCCGAUCCCCUUUAUUAAACCUAUAAAACCGUCUCCAUUUCAGGUGAACGGUCAGUCCCUCCGCGGCCUAACCCACGAACAAGCCAUAUCAAUUCUCCGCCGAACCCCCGCCAAAGUCCGUCUUCUUGUUUAUCGUGACGUGAAUGUCCAAAUGUCGCUGCUCGACCCGCCGUACAUGAUACACGACCUGGAGCUGGUGAAGAAGCCGGGCCGAGGGCUUGGCAUCUCAAUUGUUGGGCGAAAGGACGAGCCCGGAGUUUAUAUUUCGGAGAUCGUUAAAGGCGGCCUAGCCGAAGCCGAUGGAAGAUUGAUGCAGGGAGAUCAAGUAGGCCACUCGAUGAGGUUAUUAGUUGUUAAAUUUUAGAUUUUAAAGAUCAACAAUGUCGAUGUGUCAACCAAAAUGCAAGAGGAUGUGGCUGCCAUGUUCAAGGUAAAUCUUGUUGCUCAGAAAAGUUACUUGAAAUUUUUCGAUUGACGCAAAAUUUUUUGGGAAGUUGUCCGAGGUUCUGAAAUGAAGUUUUUAUAGGUUUAUGGGCAAAAUCUUUAGAAUAGGUUGAGAUAAAAAAGAGGCAAGAGAACAUUCAAAACAAAGAGACGAAAAAGUUUUUUUUUUCAUUUUUCUCUCUUUUUCUCUUUGUUUUCCUUCGGAAAAAGAAGUGAUUAGAGAGAGAAUAGAACCGAAGUUUAUCUCGCAAAGCUUUCAUCCACCAAUCGUUUGACAAAGCACCGCAUUUACAGACUAAAAAUAAUAUUACACUUGCCAUCUAAUGUCCCGAUUGAUUUUUCAGACAAUUUCCGGCAAACUCUCCAUUCGAGUUGGGCGAUGGAAGCUCGGCGAGGCUGCCAACCGUUUCCAGCACAUUUCGCGGACCUCCAACCCUCCCUCGACAGCCACCUCGCCCAAUAUGCAACGACCUCCAACCACAGCCUCACCGUCCGAGCCCAGCACAAACGGAACUUCCGGCCUGAAAACGGUCUCGGAUGGAGAUGAAGAUCGACGAGUGCCUUCGCCAGCGCCCACACCAUCUUCCGGAGGAUAUAUGGCAGCGCCGGAUGUUCCGCAGGUUUUGGUUCAGGACGAGACGAUCGCUCGAGGAGAAUUGUCGCCGGUGACUGAGGAGCCGGGAAGUAGUACGGAUCUGGUGAGUUGGAAUUUUGAAAGCGGUGUUUUUUGUCUCUGGGGUGUAAUUUUUUGACGCUUUGUACCAAUUGGUGCCUCUGGAUCACUAAGAAAGAAAUCAAAUUUUUGAUCAAGAGCAAUAUGAAAAAAUACGGUCGGAAAAUUACUGUAAUGCAAACCCAUUUGAAAAAAAAUUGUCUUUAUAAUACAAAAAUGUUCUAAAAUCCAUAUUAUAAUAGCAAAAUCAGUUUUGAUUCGGAAAACAUGAAAUUUGAUUAGAUUUUUUUGGGCCAAAUAGUCUGUUUUCCCCAAAAAAUCGUUUUUUUUUCUAAAAACUUCCUCGACGACUUUGCGAUCUGAAUUGGAAACAAAGCCAACAAACGCUUACUGUAACAAAAAUUUUUUCUUUUUUUGCUCGGUAGACGUUCAUCCCAACAUUUUUUUUAUCUCAUUGCUCAUCUCCCCCAACGCCAUCUCUUCUAAUCUCCGAGAUUUUUGCAGAAAAGCUUGGCCGAACCCGCCGAAAUUGGUCUUUUGCCGAUAAACGAAGAAGGCUCCGAGAGUUUACUAAUUCACUUAAAAAAGGACGAAGGUUGUCAAUGGGGAAUGGGCAUCGGGCGACGGCCUCGGGGGAUUCUUGUCACCUCGCUGCAGCCCGGCUCGACGGCCGCCGAAAAACUGCAUGUUGGAGAUCGGAUAAUGGCCGUGAAUGGAGUCGCGAUUUCUGAUCAGGUAAGAAGGAAAUUUCAAAAAAAAACUUUUUUCUUUAGAAAGCUUUUUUAAGAUAAAAUUUUUUGCUAAAUUUUUUGCGGAAAUCUCAAAAUUGCUUUUCAAAAAAAAUUUAAAAUUUUUUCCAAAAACGCUUUUAUCGAUGGAAAUUUUUUUCAGAACGGCGCCGUGACGAUGGUCAAGUCCUCAGGCAACAAAGUCACUCUACAAGUCGCUCGGCCCACACGAGUCCCCACUUCCCACUACUGA